CAGCUUGUCACAUGGUACAAGGUUGUUGUGAAUAGCCUUGUACCAUGUGACCUCUGUGACCAUUCACAGAUUUCACACGUAGUAAGCAAUGAUGUCAGAAGUGACAUCUUGCUUACUACUCUGCAUGUGAUCACUGAUUGCCCAAUCAGUGAUCACACGAUCGGGACCUUACACAGAGGUCCCUUUGCUCAGUGCUUUACAUUAUGACUGUGUUGUUAGCUAUGAUUAGUCACACUGAUCACAUGGUACAGGCAGGGCCAAUCACAGGACAUCUGCACCAUGUGAUUAGCUGUGGCCAAUCACAGAUAA